AUGGCAAGAUCGAAAUUCCAUAUUGUUCUUUAUCACGCGGAAAUAUCUCACCAGAACCCGUAUCUUAUCUAUCGCAAGCAGAUGGGCGAUGAGCUGUCGUCGUCAGGCAAAAGGGUGUCACUUGUUGAGCUCUCCAAGAUGUCAUCCACUGGGUGGCACAAUGGCUCGCAAGAAAUGAGAAACGACUAUAUAAUUCAAGCCGAAAGAAGAAAGGUGGAAUUUAAAAGGAAAGGCAAAAAAGCGAAAAAGGAAAAAGGAGGGCUUAAAUGGGUGAUUUCUACGCCCAAACAACCGAGAAAUUUUAAAAUUUAUAAUGCAGAAAAAUUUGAUAAUGAAAUUUUUAACAACGAAAGUGAAAUGUGUGAAAUCCAAGUUAACGGAAAAAACGAUACGAUUCUAUUUGUCAAUUACUUUAAAACAGCAAUGGCCAACAAAAUUAACAAACCGAAAGAUGUGACUGUCGAAAAUACCAAUAUUUUAAAAAAUCCCCAAAUGUUUUAUGAAAAUUAUGAUUAUGGAAUUCCGCUCUGGUUUUCCCCAAGGCUUUUGGAACCAAGUAAAUUUGAAAUUAUUGAAGAUAACUAA